CUUUACUUCCUAAUAGUUCUAAUUCUAUUGUUAUAUUAAUAUAUUGAUUUAUUAUUGUUCUCAUAUAAAGAAUAGAGGAAUUAGAACACGUUGCAUCCUGUAAUGGGGUUGAAAUCGUGGCUACUUCGAUUAAGAACGGUAAUGAACAACAAUAAAGAAAAUAAUCACAGCACAAGAAACGAUGCAAAAUUCGAUUUAUUUUCCGAAUUGAAAAGAAAGUUACAAGACAAUUCGCAAUCAUCUAAAUCUACAGAUAAAUUAUUAGCCUGGCUAAAUUCAGAUAACGAUCAUGUUUUGUGUCAAGAAGCAACUCAGAAAAUUCAGAAAGUGGUUGAACUACCUGCCGAGACAUUUUCGAAGAAAUCCUUAGAAUACGCGAGAGCCAUUUUUCACGACGAAACUUUGAUUAUUUAUCAACCUAGCGUAGAACAUAUUUCAAUUAUUCAAUCCGAAAUAAAAGAAACUCAAUUACAGGAGACUUCUGCCGAAUCUAUAAUUAAAACAGAAAAUUAUUUACAAAAUGAUCAAAUAAUUAAGAAACUUCCAGAAGGAAUAGGAAACAAAAACGAUGGAGAAAAUAAUUCGAAAAUAUCCGAAACAGAAGAAUUAACGGAAGAAGAAUCAUUGACUAAUAUCACUGAAAUAUUUACAGAAAAUCUUGAGAUAAUUUCACUAGGAAAAUGUUUACAAGAUCAGUAUCAAAAAGAGAAUAUUACAGACAAAAGUACAUAUAUAUAUGACGACGUAAUGUUUUCAUCAACAAAUCAAAUCCAGAAUAAAAUAUUCGACCACAACGCCAUUGCAAAUCAAGACGAUAUAAAUAAUUCAGGAAGUUUUGUUUCUGAAAAUCAUAGCGCAAUAUCUGAUACAGAGAGUAAUUACCUCAAUGUUGAGAAGAUAGAAAAUUUAAAAACUGAAAAGUCUUUUGAUGUAAAUGACAACGAUAGCAACAAUUCGAACGUUACAGAUAUAAAACGUGAUGAUUCGUUAUUAAACGAAGAAAAGCAUACUUCAUUUCCUUCUGGAUCAGACGUGUUUGAAGACUGGCAUCUAUCAUUUAUCGAUGAGGAUAAACCUAUUUUCGAUCUUGAAGAAAUUCUAUCCCCAAUCGAUAAAUUAAAGGAAGAAGAACAUCAUUGAAAAAAGUAUUCGAUUCUAUAAUUUAUCAAGAACAUGAAAAUUUUUGAUACUGAAUUUAAAAAGCUAAUAAAAAAUCGGACAUUUUAAAUCAUAUUAUUGAAUUGCCAUUUUA